AGUCUAUUCCAUGGUGAAUCUGUAUACACGUUACAACCACGUGCAGGGCUGAAAUUGCUGUGAUGUGUCUUGACUUGAAAGUGAAGUGUGUGAUUUUUUGCUCCACUAUUGGGAUCAAAACAGGUUUUCCGAACACUUCCACAGGUAGAUCAAACAGAUAGUUCCGACCGCAAAGAAAUUACAGUUUAAUGUGAAUUAAAGGAACACAUUUCUGGUUUUGGAGCCUUAAGGAACAAAAACUAUAAAGAUAACUAUUAGCGCCUACACCAACAGAUGAUAACAUAUAGUUUAUUAUUAAUAUCUUCUGCUUUAAAUGCUCAAGCUUUGCUGGGUGGAUUCUUAUUGGCUGUCAAAGCUUUUUAUCGUUUAUCAGCUGGAAAAAAACAUUUUUAAAAAAACAUUGAAACAUAUUGGGCCCUAUUUUAAUGAUCUAAGCGCAUGGUCUAAAGCGCAUGGCGCAGGUGCACUUAGGGCAUGUCCGAAUCCACUUUUGCUAGUUUAACGACGGAAAAAAUGGUCGGCACAUCUGGCGCAUGGUCCAAAAGUGUUGUACCUAGUCUCUUAAUGAGUCAUGGUUGUGUUUUGGGCGUAACGUGCAAUCAGUGUGUCAUCUCCCAUUCCCUUUAAAAGCCGGGUGCGCUAGCAAAUAACAAAAUAACAAAAAAAUACUGCGCCAUUGACUUUAGACCAGUAGUUUUCAGUUGCCUCAAAACAGCAACACGCCAACAAUGCACCUGAACACACCUCUUUUUCAGACCAGCAUGCCCAUGGGCGAACAGAUGGGCGCGAGUGCAUUUGCUAUUUAAACAACGUGGAGCUUGACAUGAAAAUGAUAACUGAGUCGGGCUGUAACUAGCAAAAAACACGUGCAUCGUGCCUGCCGUCACAUUGCGCCGGGUGUAUGAUAGGGCCCAUAAUGUGUCAUUAUUAUUAUAGUUGUGGUGUGGACUUCCCUGCUCUCAUAGAAUUAGAGUGAUUAUUAAAACUUUAUGGUUCUAGUUAUCAUUAUUGUUAUAGUUAUCGUUCUUAAUGAACCUUUACUGAGGGGUGUGGGGGUACAAAAAAGGUUGGGAGACACUGAUUUAGAUCAGUCAUUUAGCCCUCAGUUAUUACCCACCUCUAUGGCGAAGCUCAAGUACUGUUGCCGGUGCAGGUGGUUGACAGUUUUCCUAAUGGUACUGUGUUGUAUGGUGAGAACUGCUCUGUUACAUAACGCUCUUUUUCCUCGGUAACCAAAGGAGGCCAACCAAUCGACAUCAAGCUCCCCCCGCCCCCAUCUUCUUUUCUCUGCCCCUCGCCACACUGUGUUUGAGGAUAAGCCAUAAAACUGUCAGGGAUCCCAGAAAUACGGCCAAAUUAGCCGGACACACAGUUGUCUUGUGAGUGGACGUCGUAAAAUUCCAGAGGAAUGGGCGUUUCGCAUUCUUCACGCAGAGAGCUGGAAUCCUCCGUCAGGAGCCUGGGAAUUUUCUCUUUCUCUGAAUAGGCACAUUGUGGAUGAGCGCAGAUCGUAACAUGUCAUAGCUCUGUUUGCUCUCCGAUGCAGUCAUGUUUUCUCGAAGCGCUCCUCACCGGACACAACAAUGCAGCAGGAAACCCUACUGAAAGGGGUCUUGACAUGUUUCCUUCCUCUGGCUACGAGGGCCUGAGCCGCAUACAGUCAGCAGAGCUUUGUUAGCGUAGAAGGGUUGGCCCUAAGGGGGGGGUGGGGGGAUAAAACCCAGCCUGCUUUCACUUUCUUUGAGCGAGGGGGAUCAUGUCUCUCUCUUUUCUUUUUUUUUUUAAUAAGUACCCAACGCUACAGUAGAUUCCUCUUUCCCACCCCCAUCCUAUUCCCUUCACUCCUCCCCCUCUCCCCUCACUACUCUCUCCGCAGUGGAAAUGAACUCCGUACUAUGGAUAUAAGGGUGAAGAUGAGGUUUACAGCGAAUUUCCAGCGCUGCUUGCAAGACAGCCUCCUGGACAGCCGCCAACAUUCUGCAAGUCCUCUCUAGCCAACCAGAAUUCCUGUUGGGAACCACCUGACCCUGAAUUCCCAGACAAAGAAAUGUUCAUGCUUUCUGUUUUUUUUUUUUCCUUUUUUUUCUUUUUUUUUUUUUGAAGCGGUCUCCACUGAGCCAAGAGUGGGGCAAGAAAAAAAGCUACUCACACGUUGGAUUUAAAGUGCCGAGUGCAGGCGUGUAUGGGCAGAGAAGAAGGCGAAACUGGUGUCUGUGAUGAACUCAAUGGAGGACCAUGGCGAGGUAGAGUCGGAGCCCCAAAAAGACAGCUCCAUAAUCACCGUCCCACUGCUUUUUCCUCCACCAACGCCACCAAUGCAGCAGCAACCGCCACAGCCUCAAACUCAACCUCAGACCAACAUCAAACCCCAGCCUUCUCCCCAGCAGCAACCUCCAUCAUUCCAACAGCAGCAGCAGCAGCCUACAGAUCCAGCCUCUCCAACUGUUGCCACCACCCCAGAGCCCGUUUCUAUAGGAGAUGGAGACAAGACCUCACCCAAGUCCACUGACACGGAGUCAGAGUACGAGGAUGGCCGAGGUUUCGGCAUCGGUGAGCUUGUGUGGGGAAAGUUACGAGGAUUCUCCUGGUGGCCUGGACGGAUUGUAUCCUGGUUGAUGACUGGACGCAGCCGGGCGGCCGAAGGAACCAGAUGGGUCAUGUGGUUCGGUGACGGCAAGUUUUCUGUGGUCUGUGUUGAGAAACUGUUGCCUUUGAGUUCCUUCCACAACGCCUUUCACCAGCCAACCUACAAUAAACAACCAAUGUACAAGAAAGCCAUCUUUGAGGUGCUACAGGUAGCCAGCACUAGAGCGGGGAAAACCUUCCUCACAUGCCCGGAGAGUGACGACACUGACACUUCUAAGUCAGUAGACAUGCAAAACAAACAGAUGAUUGAAUGGGCCAUGACAGGAUUUCAACCCACGGGACCUAAAGGUUUAGAGCCGCCUGAAGAAGAGCGUAACCCCUACAAGGAAGUGUAUCCUGAGAUGUGGGUGGAGCCAGAGGCGGCAGCCUACACGCCCCCACCAGCAAAAAAGCCCCGCAAGAGCACAGCCACAGAGAAACCCAAGGUCAAAGACAUCAUCGACGAGCGGACUCGAGAGAGGCUUGUAUUCGAAGUUCGUCAAAAAUGUAGAAACAUUGAAGACAUCUGCAUCUCCUGUGGCAGCCUUAAUGUUUCCCUGGAGCACCCGCUCUUCAUUGGCGGAAUGUGCCAAAGCUGUAAGAACUGCUUCCUAGAAUGUGCGUAUCAGUAUGAUGAUGAUGGCUACCAGUCCUAUUGUACUAUCUGCUGUGGAGGGAGGGAAGUGCUCAUGUGCGGAAACAAUAACUGUUGCAGGUGUUUCUGUGUGGAAUGUGUGGAUCUGUUGGUGGGACCCGGCGCGGCGCAGGCAGCUAUUAAAGAAGACCCAUGGAACUGCUAUAUGUGUGGGCCGAAGGCUCAAUACGGCCUGUUGGAGCGCCGGGCAGAUUGGCCUUGCAGACUGCAGCACUUCUUUGCCAACAAUCACGACCAGGAUUUUGAACCACCAAGGCUCUACCCUCCAGUUUUGGCAGAGAACAGAAAACCCAUUCGUGUCCUGUCACUUUUUGAUGGGAUCGCAACAGGGCUGCUGGUUCUGAGGGAGCUGGGUAUCCAGGUGGAGCGUUACGUGGCCUCAGAAGUGUGUGAGGACUCCAUUACCGUGGGCCUCGUUCGGCACCAGGGGCGCAUCAUGUACGUGGGUGACGUGAGAAACGUCACCCGUAAACAUAUCCAGGAAUGGGGUCCUUUUGAUCUUGUCAUAGGUGGAAGCCCGUGCAAUGACCUGUCCAUAGUGAAUCCAGCAAGAAAAGGUCUCUACGAGGGCACGGGUCGGCUCUUCUUCGAGUUUUACCGGCUGUUACAUGAGGCCCGACCGAAAGAGGGAGAUAACAGGCCGUUUUUCUGGCUCUUUGAGAAUGUGGUGGCCAUGGGCGUCAGUGACAAGAGGGACAUCUCACGCUUUUUAGAGUGCAACCCAGUGAUGAUCGAUGCUAAGGAGGUGUCUGCUGCCCACAGAGCUCGCUACUUUUGGGGUAACCUGCCUGGCAUGAACAGACCGUUGACUGCCAUGUGCACUGAUAAACUGGACCUUCAAGACUGUUUGGAGCAUGGCAGGACAGCUAAGUUUGAUAAAGUGCGGACCAUCACCACACGGUCAAAUUCCAUAAAACAGGGCAAAGACCAGCACUUCCCUGUAUUCAUGAAUGACAAAGAGGACAUCUUGUGGUGCACUGAGAUGGAGAGGGUGUUCGGCUUCCCUGUCCAUUACACAGACGUGUCAAACAUGAGUCGUCUGGCCAGGCAGAGGCUGCUGGGAAGGUCUUGGAGCGUCCCGGUCAUCCGUCACUUGUUUGCACCACUCAAAGAGUACUUUGCCUGCGUCUGAACUCAAACCCAGUACAGAUGAGAAAAAUCUAAACCGAUGUUAUACCAAGAGCUUCGAAACCGAGCUCUCAUAUGUUAUUUGCAAGUUCAACAACAACAACAACAACAACAAAAAGAAAAGGUAUUUCAUGUUUUGUUUUGGUUUUUUUCUUCUGGUUUGGAAUUAAUUGACUCUCUUUUUUUUAAUUCUAUUUAAUUUUUUAUUAUCCAUUUUACUUUUUAGCAGUGUUAUCCAGUAUUUGAAUUGAUUUAUGUGUGCAAGCUAUACUUGAGACACGGCCUCCUUUUAAGGCACUGAGAGACGAUGUUACAAUUCGAGGCAGAAAUGAGACGGAAAUCGCAUUUAAACAUUUCGACUCCUGAGUUUUUCGACUGUCGGGUCGCGGAUCGAUCUUAUUCUCACGGUGCGCGUCUUUCCUCUCCUCCAGCGUCUGAGCCUUGGUGAGAGAGUGGGGAAAAAAGGCUUUCUCUUCAGUGUCAGGGGAGCUUUGUCUUAACCAAUCCAAAACACCAGAUCACAAAUACCUCUUUGUUUACAGUUUCUAUACACGACUGAAGGUAAUAAAGGUACUACUGUAAUAGGUGACAAUAUGGUGCUUCAAGGUGGUGAAAAACAUUGCAACUCAUGUGGUGCUACUAUGUUUUGUAGCGUCGCCAGGUAAAACGAAUGACUGAAACUUUGAAAAAAAAAGAAAAAAAAAACAUGUCAGGUCAAGCCAGGUCUGCCACAUCUCAUUUUAUAUCUUUUACAGCCUUUUUGUACAAUAUUCUCUGGUGCUCUUUUAAAAAAAAAACUAAAAUAUAAAACAAAACACGCCUCAGCCUUUCAAUCUUUGGGGUCUGCUUCCUUCAGUAUGCCUGCAGUCUGAACGCAUGGAACCAGCCACAUGGGCGGUGAUGUUUUUGUCAUCUAUACCUUGAAAUCAAAGGCUGUGGUGAGCUACUUUUUUUCUAGUGUCACCCAGACCAGAAUCAUUACUGUACAACUCUUAGCGCGCGUGGCGUCCACGGGGAGGAUGGCGUCGGUCCUUCGUCGGCCAGGUGAAUCGACCUUCAAAUGCGGCGCCCGCGUGCUAUUCUCAGUCAGGUGCAAAUCUUUAAAGGUGCGGCUUCACAAUGUUCUUCUACCUUUUUAUAGCAAUUUUUUGUGCUGUGUUACCAACAAUAUCGAGCACUUUUGUAUAUGUAUACUUCUUUAUUCCUUUGAUAUUUUUUUUUUUUAAUCUUUCUCCUUGAUUCUUGUGAAUUGUUCUCUAUUUUUUUUUUUUUUUGGUUCUGUUAAAUGAUGUGAAACUCUUGCCGUUAUAUAAGGUAAUACUUUGUUGUGUACAGUAGGGCUGUGCCAAUAGAUGUGAACGAAUGAGCUAGGAUAGAAUAAAUCCAUCUGUCGUGCCGGUGGUGAAGGGGACGAAUUCAGAUAGCACCCCUCUCAUGUUUCCAUGUGCUACGGAGUCGCUUUAUCAUAACUCGCGUCGAGAAAUAGGUUCUUAUAUAAUCUCAAAGUGAGUGUGCUUGUUAAAUAUCCCUGUAGGAAAAAUAGUCGGAUGGGGUGUCGGUAUAUGACAUCGCACGGUCGUUAACUACGUCUGGUCCCUAGCGUAGAUCUGAAAACAUUAUUAUGUUUGCAAAUGGUGGAUGUUGACCAUGUCAAUAUUUUAGUUAUCACGCAAGCUAUAUAGGCUAAAUUUGGUUAGAAAUGGGCUCUAAUGGAAUCUUUGUUAGGCUCUUUUUUAUUUAAAGGAUUAUUUCACUUAAGAAUUAAAAAUUCCUGAUAAUUUGCUCACCCCCAUGCCAUCCAAGAUGUCUUUCUUUCUUCAGGUUUUUGUGGAAAACAUUCCAGGAUUUUUCUCUAUAUAGUGGACUUCAAUGGGGACCAACAGGUUGAAGGUCCAAAUUGCAGUUUCAAUGCAGCUUCAAAGGACUCUACAUGAUCCCAGCCGAGGAAUAAGAGUCUUAUCUAGCGAAACAAUCUGUCAUUUUCUAAAAAAAAAAAUACAAAUUUAUAUACCUUUUAACCACAAAUGCUCGUCUUGCAUCUGGGAUCAUUGAAACUGCAAUUUGGACCUUCAACCCAUUGGUCCCCAUUGAAGUCCACUAUAUAGAGAAAAAUCCUGGAAUGUUUUCCUCAAAAACCUUAAUUUCUUUUCGACUGAAAAAAGAAAGACAUCUUGGAUGACAUGGGGGUGAGUAAAUGAUCAGGAAAUUUUAAUCCUGAAGUGAACUAAUCCUUUAAGGCAUUGCACUGCUUACAUACCUUAACAUUUGUCAUGUUCAGCAAAGUUUCUUCUUUUGUUUUCCAAAUUUUAUCGAUGCCCAGAUUUUUUUCUUUUUGUACAUUUUGUACAUAGAAAUUGUCUGUUGCUUUUUUUUUUUUAAAUGACCUAUAAGAUGUACAAAUAUAAUUCUUUGCUAAUAUAUAUCAUAGAAUCAAAACAGCACUAAAAUCGCAAGAGGAGGGUAAUUGACAAAAUGGCAACAGGCUAAUUGACAUAAGCUAUAAAGCAGCAGGGUGUCUUUUGUAAUUCAUAUUUAUAUGUGUCGAACGGGGGAUAAAACUAAAGAAUGAGUUCGCUUAGUGAUUUUAACAGUCCCAUCUUUACUGCACAGCCCUACAUACAAAAGUGUGUUUCAAUUUGCUUUUUAAUUCUUUUUUUAAGUACUAAGAGAGGGAUUGUAGGUGUUUCCUAAGGUGCUAAACAUUUUAUCUAAUUGAGAAAAAUAUAUUAUUUGGGAAAGAAAUAAACGUGUCUUGAUAAUGAUUGUUUUUUUCCAUUUGUUUCUUGUAGUAUUGGAGAAGCACUAUUAUUUUACUCUCUCAUAUAAAGAUAUUAACAAAGGCAUUUUAACUUUGUACUUGAAAAAAUGAUAAAUGAUGAAAGAUUCUUAUAUUGUUUUAGAAUAGACAUUGCUGUAGUUGGUGCUUAUCUGUGGGAAAUCAUGUACUCAUAAUGGGAAAUAACAAAAAAAAAAAUUGUAAUAAAUUUUGCUGUUAACAUGUACUUGCUUAAUAUCCAGGCAGAAUUGCUUCUAAGUCCUACAUUCCAUGCCAUAUAUCCAGCCCUCCAUCCUCUUUUUUUUUUUUUUUUUGGUUGUUUUGUUUCAUUUUUAAAUUUAAUUUCUUCUCUGUUUUGUUAAAUUUAAUUUGCUUUAUUUGGGUAUAUAUAUAUAUAUAUAUAUAUAUAUAUAUAUAUAUAUAUAUAUAUGGCUGUAACAGCCUCUUGUUUGCUCUCCUGACAGGUUCUCUGUAUAUCUCAGUGACACUGUUGAUAUUUGUGACCUCUGUUGUGUCAUAUAAUUUUUUUUCAGUCCUUCUCUUCUUUUGCAAUCAGCUCAUACAGCAAAUGUAGCAAUCAUUCGCCACCUCUCCCCCUUUCUUUCGUUAUGUGCCCAGAACGAAGAAAAAAAGGCUCCUUAUGUACUUGUGCUGGAGAACACUUGAAUAAAUGUAUUGUUUUUUGUGAAAA